AUGUUAGAAGCACUAAAGAAUGUGUCCAAUGAGCAAGACAGAAAAGUAAAAUUAGUGGGAGCAAUUCUUAAUAUAUUGAGUACAACUCCAAGCCAAGAAUUAUCAUAUUACGCAAAUCAACCUUUGUAUAAGCAACUUGGCAAUUACAUUGCUAAUAAAAUUCCAAAAGAGGCUGAUUCCAGCAAAGUUUUAAGCCUGAUUCAAAGAGUAAUAUCUAGAUGUGACUUUAGGUUAAUAGAAGAUUAUCUAUUUGCUUUAGAAACCCAGGAUAAUUAUUUAGUGAAUCUCAUAGAAUCGGAAAUAAACAAGCCAGAUUUUCAGCAGAAGGUGGAUCACUAUAGAUUUCAAAGACUUACAAAAGGUAAUCGUACUCAUAAUAGAAAACUUAUCCUAAAAGAUAACCCUGAGGCUCUUUUUUCAGAAGAAACACCAGGAGACAUUAUUGCUUAUGUAGCCGACCCAACUCUAAAAAAUACGUUUACUUCCUUGUUUGAAAGGUCUCAAGGACAUCUCAGCGAAUAUAUAGAUACACAUCACGAUUUACUUGGCCUGUAUUCAUUAAUAAGGAAGGGGUUGGUCAAGUCAAUUCAGUUAAACUCUGAUCAAUUUAUUGUUACCAAACGUGACAAUCCAGAUAAGAAGGGUCGAUUUUUAACCGAGCAACGCAAUAUUAAUAGAAUAUCUGAUAUUUUAAAUCUAAAACACCAGGAUUCUUUUGUUGAUUUAUCCGACCAAUCAUCAAUACAUAAAGUCAGGCUAAAGUUAAUUAAGCCUUUCGCGAUCUUUGCCGACAAGCAGCAGCACAAAUUCUAUUCUCUUGCCUAUUUACAAGAAGGGAAAACUCUAGAGGAGGUUUUGCUGUAUGAGCAGGAUCCAACAGCCAGAUUUGAGCACCUUAAGAAUUCCCAAAAAAUUUUGGAUUUUCUUUAUGAGAAAGGCGUUAUUUGGGGAGACAUGGCACCUAGAAACACUAUUGUAAAUCAAAUGUCAGGAGCAACUGAUUAUUAUAUUUUAGACUUCGAAAAAACCAAAAUAUUAAAUCAUUCCGCGUCUUUAACCGAAAGACAGGAACACUGCCGAGGGCAGAUGUGUGUUGAGGAAUUUGGUGCAAUAUGCUCACUGGAAGAGGUAAAGACAUGUUUCAGAGGGUACUUUGAACCCGAAAAGUGGGACCUUAAUUCUCUAGAUCCAGUUCCAUUUGAGAAACCCAAGCGCGAGUUAGUAGCUAUUUUUGAAGCGAGAGGAGAGGAAUUUUACACGCUAGGUGCGUACAAUCGCCUAGAACAACAAGUUAUGAAGGUUAGGUUCCCAUUUACUGAUGGAGCAAAAAACAAGCGCCAUCCGCUUCAUAUUUGUUUUAAGAUAGAUCACUAUUUAGGUAGUGAAUACGAUCAGAAAACGACUGAAUUAUUGAUGUCUGCCUAUGAAUAUGAUUGCUUACCAGAUACCAUGGAUAUUCUGGAGCAGGCAUUACAAAAUUUGGAUAACCGACUUAUUUUAGGGGAUUUAGCCACUGCUACUACCUACAACACUCUUCAAGAGAACAGACAAUGUUAUGAAUAUGAUUUCUUGGAGGAAGUUAUCAAUGGUUUCUAUGACCGCAAGGAAGAAUCCCAUCAAUUUAGGCUAGCUAUCAAUAGAUACAAUACCGGACUAAAACUCUAUCAUAUUAGGCUAGAUGAAGUUACUAAGAGGCAUGGAAUAUCUUUAGCUAAAUCUAACUGUGAGGCUUUACGAACUACCUUACAUCGAAUUCUUAAAAGCGCUUAUGCAAACUAUCGUCCAACGCUAAUUUUAUUAUCUGGAGGGUUUUCUCGCGGUGAAAUAACCUAUGGUUCGGAUGUCGAUGUUGGAAUUGUCAGUGAUAAAGAUUCUUCAGAAAUAAAAAAAUUCAUAAAAAAUAGCAUUAGUGAAGAACUCAGUCUUUCUAGCGAUUUUUAUCUGGAUGUGACUUUACAGGAUGUAGAGAAGCGUUUUUUGGGUGAUCCAUCGCUUUUAGAAGACGUUUUGCACGGGCAGAUUGCCAAUGGAGACUCUAAAGCCAUCCAAAGUUACGAGCAGGCAAAAAAACGUAUCUUACAAAAUAAAAACUAUUUGGCAACUGCCGUUCCGGUCUUUAUACCAAAAUAUCAAGUCGGCGAUGAAACUGAAGUUCAAAUUAAACAAUAUUUAAAAUUAUGCAAUUUGACCCUGGCUCUAGCUCCUCACGUGGGGGUAAACAUAAAUAAAGGGAUUUUAUUGUCGAUCAAAGAUUUUCUAUUGUUUUAUAAAAAUGAAUAUGCAUAUGAAAAAUCCAAGUACAAGGAACCCAACGUUUUAGAUGAAGGUGUAAUGUCUGAGAUAGGAUUAUAUUUAAGAGACCAGUCUUCCGCGCUUUUAGCAGAGAUUGAUAGCAAUGGUUGCUUUUUAUUAGAUAAUGAAAUUGUUGAAACAGUAAAACCAAACCCAAGUGCAGAUGAUUUGCAAGAUGAAGAAGAAAUUAUUCCUGUUAUUUCCUUGACAGAAGCACUGAUUAAUAUAGAAAACUUGAUUAAUUUACAUAAUUUCCCACUAGAAAAUUUUGAAGUGACUAAUGAAGAAUUGAGAAUUUUAAAAGGUAUUAGGUGUAAGGUAUUGAGAUAUAAAUCAGAAUCUUCAAUUCAAUUAAGUAUGGAUGAAUUUAUCAACUUUAAUUAG